GGGGAACCAGAGCCGUAAAUUCAAAACGCAGUGCACUAGUCCACUCUUGUUGUCUUCAUCUUCUUCUUGGGUGGAAAGAAGAACCCAGAAAUGCCUUGCUUUCCCCAACCCGGUUCCGUCACCGUUUGCGAAAUCAAUCGCGACCUCAUCACUUCUGAAAACCUCUCGGAUGAUGGAGCCAAAGAAACCUACGGCAAGAUUCUGGGAAUGACAUUCAGCCCGGUUCCAUUUCAAUCAGAAGUCGGGCCUCCACCGACUCCGGACCACGAAACGCCUCCAACAAAGGGAUUCCUACAAAGCUUCUUCCAUCCUAACCAUGUGAGCUUGUUACCAGAAGUUGAUCUUCAAGGGCUGAGCUGGCACCCACAUAAACAUGUUAUAGCAUUUAUAUGUGGCUCUAAUCAAGUUUUGGUUCGGGAUUAUGAGGAUUCAGAAGGGAAGGAGCCAUGCAUUUUGGCUAAUGAAUCUCAGAAAGACGUCAAGGUACUUGAAUGGAGGCCAAAUGGUGGGAGAACACUUGCUGUGGCAUGCAGUGGUGGGAUCUGCAUUUGGGCCGCUUCUUUCCCUGGCAGUGUUGCAUCUGUGAGAUCUGGUGCUUCUUCCUUCUUGGGAACUCUCUCCAGAGGUUCUGGAAUCCGAUAUACUUUGGUGGAUUUUCUUCGGAGUCAUAACAAGGAACAGAUUACUGCGCUUUCCUGGAGUCCUGAUGGAAGAUAUUUGGCUUCUGGUUCUUAUGAGAGUUCAUCAUUUACCAUAUGGGAUGUUGCUCAAGGGAUUGGGACACCUAUUCGACGCGGACUAGCUGGCAUAUCAAUACUGAAGUGGUCACCAACUGGCGAUUACUUUUUCUCUGCAAAAUUUGAUGGAUCGUUUUAUCUUUGGGAGACAAACACAUGGGUAUCUGAAUCGUGGUCGUCAACUACCGGCUUUGUAAAGGGAGCAUCAUGGGAUCCUGAUGGGCGUAUGAUACUUCUUGCUUUCUCUAAAUCUUCAAGUUUGGGGUCCAUUCACUUUGCUUCAAAGCCGCCAUCACUGGAUGCUCACCUAUUACCUGUUGAACUACCAGAGAUUACAGCCUUAACAAAGAGUCAGGGCAUUGAGAAGAUAGCUUGGGAUGCUUCGGGAGAGCGAUUGGCUGUAUCUUUUAAAGAUUGCGAUGAGUUGUAUAGUGGUCUUAUUGCCAUCUAUGAUGUUAGAAGGACUCCUCUAAUCUCUGCAUCAUUAAUUGGGUUUAUCAGAGGACCUGGGGAGUGUCCAAAGCCUAUAGCAUUUUCAUUUCAUGACAAGUUUAAGCAGGGACCAUUGCUUUCUGUGUGUUGGAGCAGUGGAUUUUGCUGUACCUACCCUCUGAUAUUCCGUUCCCAUAUUCUUCCCUAGCUUGUUCUUGUAUUGCUCUCUACUACCACCUAUGAUUAUUUUCUGUACGAGUAUGUUUUGUACAUGAUUUUGUAAAACUGAAUACUGUAAACCUAUAUGUUUACAUUCUCUUCAUUGUUCUCAGAGGAAGUAGUAAACUAGUAAUGAGGUAUAUGUUUGAACGUUAAUUAUUGGUUUCAAGUUUCAACAAUGAACUACAAACACUGAUAUUAUAUGG